CACACACAUGGGCUGACCCCUACACACACAAAUACAUACACAUACGCACACACAUGCACACACGCACACGCUCAUGCAUACUCACAAACACUGCGUCAUGCGUCCUGAGAGCGACAGCAGGAACUCCGAUGGACCCCAUAAAACGCACGGCGGCAGCGGUGUAAGCGCCUUCUCCUGUUUUUUACACUUACACAUCCUCAGCUGCUGAAGAAAAGUUGCACUUUCAGUGCAGCGAAAUGGAUUUUCUAACAAGCGGCAACGACAGCAACGCCACCGGCGGUUAUCCAGAAGGAAUUGAAGUGGUCGCCGACUGGAUCGGGGGAAACAACGCCACGGGGUCUUGGUUUCCGCCCGAUCUCGUACUGGCUUAUCAGAUAAUCACCUCUCUGCUCCUAGGGGCCCUCAUCCUCUGCUCCAUAUUUGGUAACGCGUGCGUCGUGGCGGCCAUCGCUCUGGAGCGAUCUCUCCAGAAUGUGGCAAAUUACCUGAUUGGAUCUUUGGCUGUUACAGACUUGAUGGUAUCGGUCUUAGUUCUACCCAUGGCCGCCCUCUACCAGGUUCUAAAUAAGUGGACUUUAGGGCAGGAGAUAUGUGACUUAUUCAUUUCUUUGGAUGUGUUGUGCUGCACAUCUUCCAUCCUGCAUCUGUGCGCAAUCGCGUUGGACAGGUAUUGGGCCAUAACAGACCCUAUUGAUUAUGUGAAUAAACGGACACCAAAGCGAGCUGCGCUUCUGAUUUCCGCGACCUGGCUGAUCGGGUUUUCUAUCUCCAUCCCACCUAUGUUGGGAUGGAGGAGCGCGGAGGACAGGGCGAACCCAAACGCGUGUAUGAUCAGCCAGGACCCGGGCUACACCAUCUACUCCACCUUCGGGGCUUUUUAUAUACCCCUCAUUCUUAUGCUGGUCUUAUAUGGCCGAAUAUUCAGGGCUGCUCGCUUUCGGAUUCGUAAGACAGUUAAGAAAACCGAGACAGCAAAAGUUUCAGACAAGUGUCUGGCCGUGUCUCCAGCAAUAUUCCACAAGAAAAGUCAUGGGGAGACGCGCAACAAAGGCUGGAAGCGCUGCGACGAGUCCAAAUGCAGCUCUCCAUGCGUAAAUGGCGCGGUGAAGCACGGAGACGAGGGUGAGUCGCUGGAGAUUAUAGAAGUUAUCAGCAACUCCAAGACGCACCUGCCUCUGCCCAACACCCCUCAGUCCUCCUCUCAUGGAUAUGAGAACAUGAACGAGAGGAACUCGGGAGCAAAGCGGAAGCUUGCGCUCUCCAGGGAGCGCAAAACAGUGAAGACGCUGGGGAUCAUUAUGGGGACGUUCAUUGUGUGCUGGCUGCCGUUUUUCAUCGUUGCGCUGGUCCUGCCUUUCUGUGCAGAGAGCUGCUACAUGCCCGACUGGCUCGGUGCCGUGAUCAACUGGCUGGGCUACUCUAACUCCCUCCUAAACCCAAUUAUAUAUGCUUACUUUAACAAAGACUUCCAAAAUGCAUUCAAGAAGAUCAUAAAGUGCAAAUUCCAUAGACCAUGAGUGCACAGAUGCUGGUUCUACUUCUAUGUAAUUUGGUGCAGCACAAAAAAAACGUAUAAAACUGUAAUGAGCAUCAAAAACAAACCAACAGACUUUUUUUAUACAGGUAAAGAAUGUUUAAGGAGGAUGAUGUAUAAAUAAAGCAGAUCACUAUGCUGAAAUAUUCCUUCUCAAUGUACAAGCUCAUGUCUCUUCAGUGUUGUAGUUAUGUAGCCCCCAGAAUAGGAAGACAACCAUUGCUGUAUUGUCAUGCAGGACAUGUCUAUUGCUAAUUCCAUGCAUUUUUAUCAUGAGGCACAAGGGGCUUCUGACCCCAAGUAACAUACUUUGUAGCAUUUAAAACAAAUAAAAGCAAUCAGUUUGUCAUCAAGAAUUCUUGAGUCAAUUUAUGUCCAGUGGUGCCAUUAAGGUGAGUAGUGGUGUAGGAGCAAAAAGGUGACAGAAGAAAAGUAGCGAUUCCCACAAAUUUGCUGUAACACCCCUCUCAAAAUGUUCACAAAAUAUCUAUGGAUAUGACUUUAAAACAUAAUAAAGUAUUUCAAUUAUAUGCUUAAUUUCUUUACUUUUAAUCUAUUUCAAAUUAUGUCCAUUUUAUGUCCAAAGAGUAUUAUUUUUUAACGUUGCAUUGGACACUGUUCUGUUAUGGUUUUCUGUUUUGGGUGUGCAACUCAUUAAGGGUCAGAGUGAGGCUACCCCAUAGAAAAAGUUUCUGAAAGCACAUCUGCCUUUAUGUUCAUGAAAUUAUAAGCAGGGUUUUUCACCUGAGCUGUAAUAGCACACAUCUUUCCAAAAUAUGAGAUUAUAAGAAAUUAAUAAUCAGUUUAGAGCCUACUUAAGGCACAAAAUAUCUAGUGAAGGCACAUUGAGGGCAGCAGAGAAACAGAAAACAAAGUAAAUGUUUUUGUGUGCAGAGAUAAAUAGAUGUGCGUUACUGUAAGUAGCCUGCCAACAAAUCUGACUUGCCUGCUCUUACAAUAGCAAUGUGUACUAACUUAUUUGGGAAUUGAGCAAAUUGAAAGUUUUAUUAAUGUUACAUGACCUAACAAAAAGGACAGGUUUAGUCAGAUUUAAUGACAGAAAAUAAUGUAUGCAAAUAUCUAGUUUCUUUUUCAUAUUCUAAAUCUUUGUAUGUUUUUGACUUUGUCCUUCUUAAUCCUAUCUCAAUGAA